AGUCCCUCAUAUUUACUCCUUUUGGCAUCCACACUCUAUCUCUGUCUCUCAACUUGAUAUGUCUCUCUGCGCGUCUCUUUCUUUCUCUAAAUCUUUCUUUUAAUUUGCUUUUUGUUUUCUUAGAAUCUAACCAUAAGACAAAACGAACGAGGAAGAGAGAGAGAGUGUGUGUGUGUGUGUGUGUGAGAGAGAGAGAUUUUUAGUCACUAUGCAGGAGAUAAUACCGGAUUUUCUUGAAGAGUGUGAAUUUGUCGACACUUCACUAGCCGGAGAUGACCUAUUUGCCAUCUUAGAGAGUCUUGAAGGCGCUGGAGAGAUAUCUCCCACGGCUGCAUCUACACCCAAAGAUGGAACCACAAGUUCCAAGGAGUUACUAAAGGAUCAAAGCCAUGAUACCUCAUCUCCUAAGAGGAAGAGGCAAAGACUAGAAAUGGAGAAAGAAGAGGACGAAGACGAAGAAGACGGAGAAGGAGAAGGAGAAGAAGAGAAUAAGCAAGAUGGGCAACAAAAGAUGUCUCAUGUAACCGUGGAACGUAACAGGAGAAAGCAAAUGAACGAGCACUUAACCGUUUUACGUUCUCUUAUGCCUUGUUUCUACGUCAAACGGGGGGACCAAGCAUCGAUCAUAGGAGGAGUUGUGGAAUACAUUAGUGAGCUUCAACAAGUUCUUCAAUCUUUGGAAGCCAAGAAACAACGUAAGACCUACGCGGAAGUCCUAAGCCCGAGACUAGUCCCGAGUCCUCGUCCUUCACCGCCUGUCCUAAGCCCGCGGAAACCGCCUCUUAGCCCGCGCAUCAACCACCACCAGAUCCACCACCACCUCCUCCUCCCUCCCAUAAGCCCUCGAACCCCUCAGCCCACAAGCCCAUACCGGGCCCAUCCGCCGCAACUACCACUCAUUCCACAGCCUCCUCUUCGUUCUUAUAGCUCACUGGCCAGUUGCAGCAGCUUAGGAGACCCACCUCCAUACUCUCCAGCUUCAUCCUCUUCCUCUCCUUCAGUUAGCAGUAACCAUGAGAGUAGUGUGAUAAAUGAGCUCGUUGCGAACUCAAAAUCGGCUUUGGCUGACGUGGAAGUGAAGUUCUCAGGAGCUAAUGUGCUGCUCAAAACGGUGUCGCAUAAGAUACCGGGACAGGUUAUGAAGAUAAUCGCUGCUCUUGAAGAUUUGGCUCUCGAGAUUCUUCAGGUUAAUAUUAACACCGUCGACGAAACCAUGCUUAAUUCUUUCACCAUCAAGAUUGGAAUUGAGUGCCAACUAAGUGCAGAAGAAUUGGCUCAACAAAUCCAGCAAACAUUCUGCUAAUAAAAUAAGGAUUUAAUACAUCUUCGUAUAAACUCUAACGAGAGACCAGUACGUACUCACUUUCUCUCCUUACUAUCCUUUUAAUUAUCUUCAAACUUUUUCUAUAAAGAAAUGGAGUUAUUUUCAAUAAUAUGUUAUUUAAGAUUUAAAAAUCUAUAUUAAUUAGUUAUGACUAAUAUAGGUCUAAAUGAGUCUUUUUAUAAAAGUUAUCAGCUUCAUAUAUAACAGCGUCGUCGGCAGACGUUUUUCUUUAUAAUAUGCAUUACAGUAACAGUAUUCUACCUUGUAACGUUAAUUUUUUUUUAUUACAUCAAGCAUUGUAUCUGUGAUUGCAUAUGAAUGAACAAGAGUGUAUGGGUUUCUAAAUUCUAAUGAAUAAUAUUAAUUUUGCAUAUUAAAUUUUAAUUGGAGGGAUUAUAUUUUGUAAAGAGAAUGAUUCUUCAUGCCCCAGCGGAUGAUUUGAAAGAGUGGAUUUUAAAGAUCGAUAUGAAGAACUGGUUUAUAAGGAUCUAACUAUGUUAAUUAAUAUUAACAUUUCAUAACUUCUUUCGUAAUAGUGAUCGAUGCUUGAAUAUUAAGAAUUUACAACUUCU